GAGGCCUUUGCUUUCCCGGGCCCUGGGCGCCCCCCCCAUAGCAACGUCGCUUUUAUUUAUCCUCCGCGUUGUUCCUUUGGCCCCCAGUUCCUUCCUCAGCCACUUGACGUCGUUAAUACUUAGCAUGUUCUUGGCAGCGGAUUGUACCUUAACAUCGAUUAAUAUUUUGGUGCCUUGGAUGUGAUGAGACUCAGUUGAUAAUUGUGUGAAGAGGGCUUCCAUCUCUGAAGCUGCGUUAGUCAUACCAAGGGCCAAGAAUGGCAGCUGUGGGAAAAGUGUUUUGUUUCCUACAGCAGAAUUUAGCGAAGAUCGGCUUUCCCACUUUACAUCACCUGCAUACAUCCUCCAUCCAGCUCAAUUCCAACCGGGCCUCUCUCACACGAAUGCACAGGAAGAUGUAUGCUCGGCUGUACCCGGUGAUGUUGGUCAAGCAAGAUGGAUCUACCAUUCGGAUCAGAUAUAGGGAGCCUCGGCGGAUCCUUACAAUGCCAGUAGAUAUUGACACACUUUCUCCAGAAGAAAGAAAAAUGAGACUACGAAAACGGAGUUCCAAGUAUAUUGAAGUGGAUAAAAAAGAGGCAGAAUUUGGAGAUGACUUCAAUGUGGAACAAUACGCAAAAUUUUGGAAGAAAACCUGAAUUUGUGUUGAUUAGAUUGUAUGAAGGGUAAAUGCACUUAAUACACCCAAAUAUAUUAUUUUUAAAAAUUAAAAACUACUGAGCCUUA